AUGGACUCGUUCAUAAUGGUCAUUAUGCCACCUUCAUAUGCAGAUGAUGAUGAUGAUGAUGAUGAAAACUUCCUUAUUACUUUUGCUUCCUUCCUUUCCCGCUUUUUAUUUCCUCUCUUCUUUUCUUCCUUCCUUCCUUCCUUCUUUAGUCUUUUCGUUGAUUUAUUCCUUACUUUCUUUCUUUCUUUCUUUCUUUCUUUCUUUCGUAUUAUCCCCGCAGUUCCUUCCUUCCUUUCUUUUUUCUUUCUUCCUUUCUUCCUUUCUUUCUUUCUUUCUUUCUUUCUUUCUUUCUUUCUUUCUUUCUUUCUUUCUUUCAUUCCUUUCUUUCUUUCUUUAACUUUCCGCCUAACUUUUCUUUAUUUUUCUUCUUCCCUAAUUAUCCUAUUGUUACUUUCUUUUUUUGUAUUUUCUGUUCUUUUGUGUUUUUCCUUCGUUCCUUCAUUCAUUCAUUCGUUCGUUCGUUCCUUCCUUCGUUCCUCCCUCCCUUCCUUCCUUCCUUCCUUCCUUCUUUCCUUCCUACCUCCCUUCGUUUUUUCCUUCCUCUCUCCCUUCGUUCUUUCCUCCCUUCCUUCGUUCCUCCCUCCCUUCGUUCGUUCGUUCUUUCCUUCGUUCCUCCCUCCCUUCGUUCGAUCGUUCUUUCUUUCGUUCCUCCCUCCCUUCGUUCGAUCGUUCUUUCUUUCGUUCCUCCCUCCCUUCGUUCGUUCGUUCGUUCAUUCGUUCCUCCCUCCCUUCGUUUCUUCCUUCCUCUCUCCCUUCGUUCCUUCCUUCCUCCUUUCCUUCGUUCUUCCCUCCCUUCGUUCGUUCGUUCGUUCGUUCUUUCCUUUCUUCCACCCUUCGUUCUUUCGUUCCUUCCUUCCUUCGUUCCUUCCUUCCUCCAUCUUUUCCCGCCUUAUUCUUCUUUUCUUUUCGUCUUUUCUAUUUGUCUUUCUUCCUAUCUUCUUUCCUUCCUUCGUUUCCUUUUUCAUUUCACACCUCCCAACUCUUCCCGGCCCUGCCUGA